AUGUCGGACUCAACAUUAAUAAGUUUAUCAACACAUUUAUCCAAUACUACAGAGUAUAACUUGUCAACAGAACGGUAUACCACCGACGAGAUUCCUUUUCAACCACUUCCAUUGUACCUGUUCAUCAUAUGGUUUGUAAUCGGAGUUCAUGGGAACGUUAUAGCAAUAACUAUUUUAAUACGGAUCAGAAGCAAACAUAAAUGGAGGCUAUUUUACAAACUCGUGCUAAUGCUAACCUUGUCAGAUUUUUUGGGUCAACUGAUAACACUUCCAAUCAUGAUCUCAUCGUAUUCGAACAAAGACAUUUUAAAGACUGGAGGAACUCUCUGCAAUACCAUGUCAACAAUUACCGUAAUGACGUCAUUUAUGUCCAUUUCAUUUGUCUGUCUCAUGUCUAUUGAUCGGGCGAUUGCAAGCUGGUUUCCAAUAUUCUACAGAAACUCCAUCAAGUCCUGGAACAUAGGUCUUGUCAUUUCUGGUGUCAUUUUAGUAGCUAUAUGUUUAGGGAUUCUACCACUAGUUGGUGUAAAUAAAUACAAGUUACAAAGAGAAGGGACGUGGUGUUUCGUUGACCUCCAUCCCACCCAAACAAAGGACAAAGUUUUCUUAUACUUAAGCGCGUCCAUUGGUAUUUUAGCAGUGCUGAUAAUGCUGAUGAUGAACGGAAUGGUUUUAUACAGAUUGUGUCGCAUUUAUAGCAGGACGGAGCGUCAGAACAAACGAAUUUCAAGGGCGCCAACAGUUUCUUCCGGAGUGAAAAAGAUCCAAACCAUGUUUUUCCUGUUUACAAUUAUGACGGUGUUCAUGUCGUCUUGGAUUCCUAUUAUCGUAAGGAUUAUAACCAACGCCAUUGAAGUGUCAGAUAUUGAUCACGUAAGGGACAGGAGUGCUGUAGCACUAGCUGUCAUACAUCAAGUCCUGAACCCCUGGGUAUAUAUUAUCAUGCAGGAGUGUCUAUUCUCUCGUUGUUUAGAAUAUGCACGAAAACAUAGCAAACGAGGAAGUAUCUUCCAUAGAAUACUUGAUGACACCACAACUAAAGAGACGGAAAUGAUCAUUUGUAAACGACGCAGUCAGUUUAAAAAUUGA